AUGGAGGGGCCUUUGUCCGUGUUCGGGGACCGCAGCACCGGGGAGGCGAUCCGCUCCCAGAACGUUAUGGCUGCAGCUUCUAUCGCCAACAUUGUCAAAAGUUCCCUUGGGCCGGUUGGCUUGGAUAAAAUGCUAGUGGAUGAUAUUGGCGACGUAACGAUCACCAAUGAUGGUGCAACCAUCCUCAAGUUACUGGAGGUGGAACACCCUGCAGCAAAGGUUCUUUGUGAACUGGCUGAUCUUCAAGACAAAGAAGUCGGCGAUGGAACGACUUCAGUGGUUAUUAUUGCUGCAGAACUUCUGAAAAAUGCAGAUGAACUGGUCAAACAGAAAAUUCAUCCCACAUCUGUUAUUAGUGGCUAUCGACUUGCUUGCAAGGAAGCAGUUCGUUAUAUCAGUGAAAACUUAAUUAUUAACACAGAUGAACUUGGGAGAGAGUGCCUGAUUAAUGCUGCUAAGACAUCGAUGUCUUCCAAAAUUAUUGGAAUAAAUGGUGAUUUCUUUGCUAAUAUGGUUGUGGAUGCUGUCCUUGCUGUUAAAUACGUAGAUGGGAGAGGCCAGCCUCGCUAUCCGGUCAAUUCUGUUAAUGUUCUGAAGGCCCACGGCAGAAGUCAGAUGGAAAGUCUGCUGAUCAAUGGCUACGCACUCAACUGUGUGGUAGGAUCGCAGGGCAUGCCCAAGAGAAUAGUUAAUGCAAAAAUAGCUUGCCUUGACUUCAGCCUGCAGAAAACAAAAAUGAAGCUCGGUGUUCAAGUGGUUAUUACAGACCCAGAAAAACUGGACCAAAUCAGACAGAGAGAAUCUGAUAUUACCAAGGAGAGAAUUCAGAAGAUCCUGGCAACUGGGGCCAAUGUGAUUCUAACCACUGGUGGCAUUGAUGACAUGUGUCUGAAGUACUUUGUGGAGGCUGGAGCAAUGGCAGUUAGAAGAGUCUUAAAGAGAGACCUUAAGCGCAUUGCAAAAGCUUCUGGAGCGACUAUUCUGUCAACCCUGGCCAACCUGGAAGGUGAAGAGACUUUCGAGGCUUCACUGUUGGGACAAGCUGAAGAGGUAGUACAAGAGAGAAUCUGUGAUGAUGAACUGAUUUUAAUCAAAAACACGAAAGCCCGUACAUCUGCCUCCAUCAUCCUGCGUGGGGCCAAUGAUUUCAUGUGUGAUGAGAUGGAGCGCUCUUUGCAUGAUGCUCUCUGUGUGGUGAAGAGAGUGUUGGAGUCCAAGUCUGUGGUUCCAGGUGGGGGCGCUGUGGAGGCCGCCCUCUCCAUCUACCUGGAAAACUACGCCACGAGCAUGGGGUCUCGGGAACAGCUCGCUAUCGCAGAGUUUGCAAGAUCUCUCCUUGUUAUUCCAAACACACUCGCAGUUAAUGCUGCCCAAGACUCCACGGAUCUGGUUGCAAAAUUAAGAGCUUUUCACAAUGAAGCUCAAGUUAACCCGGAACGAAAAAAUCUAAAAUGGAUUGGUCUGGAUCUGAUCAAUGGCAAGCCUCGUGACAACAAGCAAGCAGGGGUGUUUGAACCAACCAUCGUCAAAGUCAAGAGUUUGAAAUUUGCCACAGAAGCUGCCAUUACCAUCCUUCGGAUUGAUGAUCUUAUCAAAUUACACCCAGAAAGUAAAGAUGAAAAACACGGAGGUCAUGAAGAUGCUGUUCACUCAGGAGCCCUUGAUGACUGACGUCCUUUUAUUUAUAACAAUGCGAGAUGCA